AUGGUAGAGCGGAAUAAGCAAAAUGCAAAGGCAUCAGAAAACCUACUCCUCCUACUCCGUGAUUGAACAAAACAAUUAGAAAAAUCUCUAUUUUUUGGGUAAAAACUGAGGAAAGAAUAUUAUUUAUGAAAAAAUUUUUGAUAUAUAGUGAUAAUUAUUAUAAUGAAAUCUCAGGCUAGGUAAAUUAAAUUUUUUCUCAAUUUUUUCAAAUUGGAAUGUUUUAAAUUUCGAAAAAAAAAUUAACCCUCCUCCGUGAGCGAACAAAAAUUUUUUUGUUUGCUCACGGAAGGGGGGAGAGUUAGUUUUAAGCGAGCGCUCAAGUGGGCAAAGCUUAAUCCCCCCAGAAACUUCUAAUUACUUUUCUUUGCUCAGAGUUUCAGAUCCACCUAUGGAAAAUCUCAAAUUAUCUAACCCUGAAAGCAUAGAAAACCUUAGAGAAGAAAUCAUUGAGUCAAUCAAUCAAAUUUACAAUGAAUACCUCAACAAUUAUAUUUCCUGCAAGAGCAAAAGAAUGUGAUCCAAAAAUCCACUUGAAAAGCGACGAAGUUAUAAUCUUUAUGUUGAUAAAGCUUUUAGAAGACAGCUUCAAGAAGAGCUUAAGCAAUUAAUACACUCUGAAGGGACUCAAGAAUUACGCGAUUCCUUAUGUGGAUCAGCUCACACUUUUGUAGAUUCCUUAAAUGAUCAGCUUAUUGAACUCAUGGGGAGGAGUAAAAUGUUACGAGCAAUUUGCCUGGCUGAAGCUUAUCACACGCUCCAAAACUCGUCUAAAGAAAUCGAAAAAAUCGUCAGCUGCUUAUUUAAAGAACCAACAACUUUUGAAAACUUAAAUAAGAUUUUCUUUUAUGAAAGAAUUGUGAAAAAUUCUGUGCCACUUAUUGAAUACGUAAAAAAUCAAGACCAAAAUCACUUUGUGGUUCCUCUGAUCGAAAAAAUGGAGAGAGAGUCCAAAUGUGCAGUAAGUGUGCUGACAUCAGCCCCAUUGUGUGACAUACUUUCAGAUGACUCAUUUAGUAAUCAUGAAGGGAGUGCCAGACAGAGCCAUCGCAUAAUAUGUCACUUGAUGAGCUUGUUAAUUUUAUAA